AUGAAGGCCCGACCAUGGAGCACCAGCGAGAAGGAGUUUGUGUUGAACGCGUUGGAUUCGGCCGACGAGGAUGAGCCGGCUCGGCUGGACGGGCGCCAUCGCCACGAGCAUCGGGAAUGCAAGUUUACUUUUCAUCAAACUCCUGGUUUCGUAGAGCUGGCUCUCGGCAAAACUAGGGUGAUGGCACAACUCACUUGCGAGGUCGUGGCCCCACACCCCGACUAUGACUCGGAAGGCUUUUUCCGCUUUAACGUUUCCAUUGCAGCUGGGGCUGGCAUCGCCUAUGCGGCUCAGCGGUCCUCGUCAGAAGAAAUUGUGGAGCUUACGCGACUCCUAGAGCGUGCAUUCAAGGAGGCUCGAGCCAUUGAUAGCGAGAGCCUGUGCAUUGUCAAGGGUGAAAAGGUUUGGGAGGUGCGCGUUGACGUGACCGUUUUGGAGAACGGCGGCAAUAUGGCCGAUGGUGUGUGCCUGGCGGCCUUGGCGGGCAUCUUGACCUUUCGACGACCUUAUGUCUCUUUGACUGGCGGCCAAGUCAAAAUUCAUUCGCUUGAGGAGCACGAGCCUGUCUCGCUCUCGGUGCAUCACCGCCCCAUUGCUGUGACCAUCGCCUCGAUCGCUGGCGGACGCCAUUUGCUGGUGGAUCCGACCUCAUUGGAGGAGGCUGUGGCCGAGGGCUGUAUCACUGUGUGUUUGAACGGGCACGGUGAAAUUUGCUCCAUCAACAGCGGUGGCGGCACUCCGCUCUCGCCCGAGCAGAUGAAAGAGCUGUUGCAGCUGGCUAAGCGCAAGCACGCGGUCUUUAACCACACGCUUGAGCAGGCCAUGCGCGAUGCCGGCCACGUCUUUGAGGUUGACUCGAUUCUGCAAGCAAAGCAAGAUGGAGUGCAGGGAUCAGCCGCAGACUACAUGGACACCGCAGCCGAUGAUGUUCCGCACACGGGCGGGCCUCGCUCCGCGCGAGUUGAGGAGCCAGGGGCGGCGCUUUUGGCUUGAUGCGGGGCUACCAUGCGAGGGCUUCAACUUGUGAUGUGUGAGUUUUACUCUUGUUGUGUUGUGAGGGCGGUGCGUGUGCCAUGUCUGUGGGGGUAUGGUUCCAUGAAUACAAACCUGCCGAGUGAUUGAAGCGAGCGAGGAGGGGGUUUCAAGUGAAGACUCGCCGUGCGAGGUAGAACUGACAACCUAAGCUAGCGAAAUUCAACUUUCGGGGGUAC